AUGUCAAUUCAUAUCAGUGAUAGUCGAAAUAUGAAAUUUAACGAAGAACCUUUCGAAAAAUUUUAUGAAAUUGCUGAAGAACUCGGAAAUGGUCAAUUUGCUAUUGUACGUCGUGUGGUGAAUCGAAUAACAAGACAAGAAUAUGCAGCAAAAUUUAUUAAAAAACGACGUUAUGCUACAUCACGUCGCGGCGUUUUACGUAUAAAUAUCGAACGUGAAAUUACUAUCUUAAAAUAUAUUGCUGAUAGUGAUAAUAAUAAUGAUAACGAAUGCCUCAAUGAAUAUGAAGCAUCGAUAUUUAUCAAGCAAUUAUUAUUGGCAUUAAAAUUUUUACACCAUUUGCAUAUUGUACACCUCGAUAUUAAGCCGGAAAAUGUGAUGCUUGUUAAUAAAGGCGAUUUAAAAAUCAAAUUAAUCGAUUUUGGUUUGUCAAGGAGAAUUCUGCCAGGAACAAUAAUAAAAGAUAUGGUUGGUACACCAGAAUUCGUUGCACCAGAGGUUGUGAAUUAUGAACCAUUAACAACAGCGACUGAUAUGUGGGCAUUAGGAGUUGUUACAUACAUUUUAUUGAGCGGUGGAUCGCCAUUUCUCGGUGAAAAUCGUGAAGAAACAUUUAUAAAUAUUUCAGCAGUUAAUUAUAAUUUUAACGAAAAAUAUUUCUCAAAAAUAUCACCUCAAGCUAAAGAUUUCAUUAAAAAUUUAUUUGUUAAAGAUAUAAGGAAACGUGCAACUGUUAAUGAGUGUUUAUUGCAUCCAUGGAUUCGACACGUGGAUAAUUAUAAUUUAAAAAAUACACUAUUAGUGAAUCAAAGAUCAGCCAUACCAUUCGAUCAAAUUCGCAGUUAUAAAAUUCGAUUAAAAUGGCAGCGUGCGAUUGAGAUAAUAAUAGUUUGUAAUAAAAUGACAGCAAAUGCACGAUUAUUAUUGCAAAGUAAGAAUAACAAUAAUCAAAGAACUUCUCGAUUCGAUCCAAUAGGUGAAACAUGUUUACAUAUUAGUGCUAGUAAUGGUUAUUAUGAUCUUUUAUAUUAUUUAUAUAUGAAAGGUGCAUCGUUAACAAUUUGUGAUUAUCAAGGUGAUACACCUCUAUAUUAUUCGAUAAGAAAUGGACAUAUCAAUAUUGUCGAUUUUAUUAUUAGUCAAAAUAUUGAUAUUAAUUAUGUUAAUAAGAAUAAAGAAACAGCGCUUCAUAUUGCAACACGAUAUGCUCAAUUAGAAAUUGUAUUAUUAUUAUUACAACGUGGUGCUAAUAUCGAAUUACAAGAUCAGGAUGGUGAAACAGUUUUGCACAUAUCAAGUUGGCAUGGUUAUACAACUAUUCUUUCUGCAUUUUGUAAAUACAAACCUAAUCCAAAUAUAAUUAAUAAGGUUUGUUUUUUGCUAUCUUUAAUAAUUUUGAUGCGAAUUCCAGUUUAA